AAUUACGGUACGCACUCGGUGCGCAAUGGAGUGGCUACAUUUGCUUGUGGAGGAAGUACAGGUGGUCCCUCGAUCGUGAGUGUGUGUCUUCGCUGCGGAUGGAGCCUCGGUGGAGUUCAAAAUCGCUUUUUCCGUUAUGAAGCCGCAGGAGAUCAAUUCCUGGGGCGAGUAGUGGCAGGACCUCCCGUAAAUGACUCUAAGUUCGCUACUUUACCGCCCCAUUUUCAGGAUGGCUCCGAUAAAAAUGUGAAAUCGUGCGUGGAGACUAUGUUUCCGGUUCUCUCUCGCGAAGCCAAUAUGGCAGGAAUUUUGCGGUUGUGCCUAGCAUCACUCGUGCAUCACGCGGAAUAUUUGCAGCAGCAUUUACCGGCCACCCAUGCAUUACUUUCGACACAUUUGUUUACAAGCCCCACUGUCCUUAGGACGCUUGAAGGCCAAUUAGUUGCUGGAGAGUCUCUCUGGAUGCGACCAACGGGGAUACCGCCUUAUAUUGAGCUAUACAAGAAGCUUGACCAGCAGCAAAGGUCAAUUGAUGAGCUGCCUGGCAAACUGGAGCAGAGAAUGGAGCAUGUACUUGAGAAAAAGGGUGUGGCAGCGGGCAAUAUUACGAGAGAGUUAUUGCGUGAGGAAAUUCGAUCGUAG